UUCUAGAUAAUGAAACAAAAUGAAAUAUCACCAAACGUCAUUGUUGAAUUGAUACAAUUCCUUUCACCGGAUAUAAAUCGCAAUUUACGACAGCAAGCGCUGGAUUAUGUUAUUGGCCUUUCAGCAUCGGAUCAGUUUAACGUGAUAUUUCAGGCAAACGAUUUCUUGUUGGGACGAUCAUUAUGUCGGUUAAUCUCCGAAGAUAACACAGGUGGGAGUGAUAUACUUCCUGCGUUAAUUAAUGCAACUGCUACCGAUAUAGUUUGCGCCAAAUAUGUAAUUGAUAACACCGAACUUGUUCAGCGAUGUGUCAAGUAUUGUCGGGAUGGUAAUGAACGAUGUUCAUUGAAUUCAGCAAAACUUUUAUCCAAUUUAUCGUUACAUUUCCCAGAGGCGUUGUAUGAUGCUUUGAUGGAAAAUUGGGAGGAUUUUAUUGGUAAUACAAUAAAAAGGUUAAGUGAUUCAUCAUCCUGUGAAGAUAUCGAAUAUCUCGGUUAUGUGCUUGUAAACCUUACUUCAAUUGCAAACGUCCGGUGUUUGUUAUGUGAAAAGUUUAUUCGACAUAUACUACCAUUGGUCGAUUACGAGAAAAAAUCAAAAAGAUGUCUAAUUGCGAUUGAUAUUUUACGGAAUAUGUGCUUUGAAAACAGUUGCCAUCCGAUACUUCUGGAUAAAAAUGAUGAGUUUUUAAGCACACUGUUGAAACCGUUAGCUGAUGUGAAUGAUAAUUUGGAAGAUGAUGAGAUUGAAAAGUUACCACUUCAACUGCAGUAUUAUGAGGGUCACCGAUGUCAGGAUCUGUCGAUCAUAGACAAAAUUAUCGAGUCACUCUAUCAGUUAGGCGGAAGCGAAAUUGGUCGAAAAACACUGCGCAUCAAAGGUAUCUACGCACUGUUACGGGAAUUUGAUCGUGCUUCAUUAGCUUUAUCAAAGAAGAAUUCACUGGUAACACCACCAAUGAUACCAGUUGCUGAGGAUGGCAUUACGAAUGCCCAUUCCCAAUCUGUAAUGCAUGAUCGACAAGAUCUGCAAGUUGCGUCAAUAGUUCAUGAUAAUCGGGAAAUGACUGCAAAAACUACUAAAACGCAAGAUGUAAAAUUUCUCGGUGAAACUGGAAAUUUAAUAUACAUAGAUGGACAAAACUGUUCGACCUUGCAUGCGUUGAUUGGAUUACUCAUUCAGGACUGAAACUUUGGAUUCAUAUAUAUGGAACAACGGAGAGAAGGGGUAAAGGAUGUUCUAUAAAGAAUGAAGCCUUAUUUGAUCUUGAUUCAAUGUUCAUGAUUUGCAUAUUUCAUAACUUUUUUUCGUAAAGUACUGGAUCAUUUCAUGAUUUUGUUUAAUGAGACGAUAUUGGUGAAAUGCAUAUUUGUUGAAUGUUAUUUUAAUAUUGUAUACGAGUUCGCUGUUUAAAUAAUUAUUUUUAUGGCCGGAAUAUUUGGACGAAAUACUUCAACCC